CCCUUUAGCCGCCAGGCAGACAGUCCGACGACGCGGAAGGCGAUUGCUCCGCCCACGAAAAGUUGUCUAUCAUGGUUGACUACGCGGCGAAAACUUCGGCCUUGAGCACGGUGCUGCUCUUGGCCACGGUUAUGUCCUGGGUGUCAGCGGAACCCUUAUGCCUCGAAAUCGACGGCCACAAGUACCGGCGGCUAAUCUGCCGAGAGUUCGAGUCUCCCGACGACUUUCGGAGGCACGUGCCGCGAAGCGAAUCUCCCAAGGAUACCUGGUUCCUCCUCAUCGACAGUUCCAUGGACCGCCUUCCUCCCGCCGCCUUCGCGGGUCUCAACGUCUCGGAGCUGGUUUUCAGCAACGUCGUCCUGAGCUCGCUGGACGCACCGGAGGGCAGUGAGGGACCGCUUUCGGGACUCGAGGACUCGCUGCAGAAAUUCGUCUUCCGGAGGGAGAGUACGUUGCCUUCGUCUUGGUCGCAGCUGGGCAACAUGACCGCCCUACGAGAACUGCACCUACAGCGCUACCUGAACCUUAACCUGACGCGCGACUUCGGCAAGCUUCCGCCAAGCUUGAAGCUCGUGUUCGUGUUCGACUCUUCGGUGAACAGGGUGGACGACGACUGGCUCGUGGAUCUGACCAACUUGGAGACGGUCAUCGUGCGCGUCACCGACAUGGCGCUCUUCACGCGCUCCAUGCUUCCGAAGCCUGCGUCCAAGCUGAGGACUCUGGAUUUGGCCGAAAACCAGCUGAGAGCGUUUCCGCGAGGGAUCGGCGAAGACCUUCCGGCACUGCAGUUCGUCAACCUCGAGGACAACAGGAUCACGAGCCUCGACGAGAACGACGUCGCGCCGCUGCACAGGGACACCGUGCUUCUUCGACUCAUAGGCAACCCGAUGUACUGCGACUGCCGGCUGUGGUUCCUUCUGGACUACACGGACAGAUGGCACUACUUUCUGUGCCAGGCGCCCGAGAUCCACCGGGGACGCUACAUCAAGAUGCUGUCGGAACCGGAGCUGCGCUGCGGAUACGGGCCGGCCCCAGAACCCGGCGUCGUCGGAGAAUCUCCAGCGCCCGCGGCUCACGCUUCGCAACCUCCCGCUCAAGUCGCGCCCCCGGGAAAUUCCUCCGCCUCCUCUUCAGCGUAAUAAACAGUUGUUGCGAAUGUCAAUAAAACCAAAUAUUU